GCUCAAGCCAUUUUGGCUCAAGCCAUUAUGGCUCAAGCCAGCUCGGCUUGAGCUAGCUUGGGCUGGCAGAUGGCGCGGGAGCCCCUCCGUGGGGCAGCUGGGGCCCGGGCUGCCGCGAACCGCCUCUUUCAGCGGCUGGUGCAGGAGCUGUCAGAGGCCCGGCUGGAGAUCGAGCGCCUCAAGGGCCUGCUGGUGCCAGCUGGCGGAGUCGCCCCAGGCUCUUGGCGCGACCGAGAGCUGGCGGCUCGGCCGGCCUUGCAGGCCGCCGCUGCAGGCGCUCGAGUGUGCGGCCGACGCAGGCGCCGCCGCAACGCCGCGUGGCACGCGCUGCGCGUGCCAGUCGGCGGCUUCACGACGGCCUCCGACGCGGCCAUCGCAGAGGUGGCAGCAGGGCCGCGCCUCGGGGCCUUCGGCGGGCUGGCCGCGCGUGAGCCCGUGGAGUGCAUCGUCGAGAUCUGCCUGGCGGAGGCCGCCGUGGUCCUCCUCCGAUUGGAGGUCGAGGUCUGCGCUGCGGAGCCUGCGGGUUCGCGGCCUGUGGGGGCGCCCGCACGCCGCACGCCGCUGCGCUCCGCGGCGAUGCCCUACAUCCCAAAGCCGCCUGGCGUAUGGGGCCGUCUGAGCCUGCAGCCCAGCAGCGACGAGAUCGCCAAGGCGGUCCUCAAGGGGCUGGGCCGCGGGCCCCUGGCGCCGCUGGACAGGGCUGAGCCUGGCCCUCCCCGUGAAGGGGGUUGGAAGGCAGGGUCUGAACCUGGCCCUCCCCGCGAAGGGGGUUGGAAGGCAGACGCGGGCGGUGCUGCAGGCGCUGGGACGCCGCCGCCGCCGCUGGCACACCCAGAAAGCCAUGCUGGAGCAAAGCGUGGCAUUGCAGUCGCGGGGACUUCCUGGUGGAGAGCGCGGGCGCGGGUGUCCAGCGCCUGGCUUGGCGUGCCCGACGCCAAGGAGUCCCGUCGCGACGCGGCCGACGAUCUGCAGAGCGAGAAGAAUGCGUCGGACAUCGGCAAGGACAGUGGCCUCGCGUACGUGUCGGGGCCUGCAGCUGUCGCGAUGUUCGAGAAGCGCAAGAAGUUCGUGACGGCGAUCGUGAAUAGGAGGCGAUUCGUGAUCGGGGCCGUCGCGGAUGCCGACGUUGCCUUGUGGGACUUCGUCUACAAGGUCGGCGUGGGCAGAGGCUGGGGUUAAACCCAGGCUCGGCCUACGCCCAGGAAGGGAUCCUGAGGGGUCCC